GGGCGGGCUUCCGCUCGCGCUCCGGGCUCGGCGUGGGUUUGGUCUAAGCUGCAGUUUUGUGCAGCUCCUGGUUCUUGUGCAGACGUGUUAUCCGAUUGACAGGUGAUGCAUUGUAAUAGUCCUUUCUUCAGCUCAGCUUUCGGUAACACAACAGCACUUCCUCACGUCCGAGACGACAAGCUUCCACAUGGCAAUUUCCAGCUACUGACAAAAGUCUCAGACAUUGGGAAGUGUUGAGUAGUUUCUCUAUUUACUGGUUUACAUCAAACAGUAACAACAACAAAAAAACCCAAGAAUCAGAAAUGCCAGCAACAACUCUUCUGCCCUUUACUACUCCUGGUACAAGUCGGAAGUCGGUGAACAACAGCUCGGCAUUAAUCAACCGGCCCGCUUUUCGACUGACUGAGAAAUUCCUGCUGCUCUUAGUUUUCAGUGGCUUCAUCACUCUGUGUUUCGGUGCUAUCUUCUUUUUACCGGAUUCCUCCAAACUGCUCAGCGGGGUGUUUUUCCACACCCAGCCGGCUUCGGUUUCAGGAAGCGGACCGAAACUGGACAGCAGAGAGUUCGAGGCUGACAAGUUGAACAGGAUUCGUGAGGACCACGAGAAGGCGCUUCGUGAAGCAAAGGAUACCCUCCAGAAACUGCCCGAGGAAAUUAAACGGGACAUCAAAGAGCAGAAGGAAAAAGUUGCACAGGGUUCCGUGAAUAAGGGGGAUAAAACCCCGCGACUGCCUAAUGUCGUCUUCCGUAAACCUGUGGGUGCAACAGGGCAUGAACCUAACGACCCUGAAAUACGCGAAAAACAAGCGAAGAUAAAAGAGAUGAUGAAACAUGCUUGGGAAAACUAUAAACGUCAUGCAUGGGGAUCAAAUGAACUGAAACCUUUAUCCAAACAACGUCAUUCGAGUAGUCUAUUUGGUAAUAUUCGAGGAGCGACAAUAGUGGAUGCCUUAGACACACUGUAUAUUAUGGGUAUGCAUGACGAAUUUAAAGAAGCAAAGGAAUGGAUUGAAAAGAAUCUUGACUUCAAUGUGCACGCAGAGGUUUCAGUUUUUGAAGUGAAUAUUCGAUUUGUUGGAGGGCUCCUCUCUGCGUAUUACCUUUCUGGUGAAGAGGUUUUCAGAACUAAAGCAGUGGAACUAGGGGAGAAACUGCUGCCUGCCUUUAACACACCCACUGGGAUCCCUUGGGCCUUGUUGAACAUGAAAAGUGGAAUUGGUCGAAACUGGCCUUGGGCUUCUGGAGGUAGCAGUAUCUUGGCUGAAUUUGGCACCUUGCAUCUCGAAUUCAUACAUUUAAGUCAACUGUCUGGAAAUCCAGUGUUUGCAGAAAAGAUGAUGAACAUUCGGAAAGUUUUGAAUCAUUUGGAUAAACCACAAGGACUGUAUCCAAAUUACUUGAACCCCAACAGUGGUCAGUGGGGUCAACAUCACGUAUCAGUUGGAGGGCUUGGAGACAGCUUUUAUGAAUAUUUGCUCAAGGCAUGGCUGAUGUCAGACAAGACUGAUGAAGAAGCCCGGAAAAUGUAUUAUGAUGCAGUUCAGGCAAUUGAAACGCAUUUGAUUAGAAAAUCCAAUGGAGGCCUUAAAUAUAUUGCUGAAUGGAAAGGUGGAUUACUGGAGCACAAAAUGGGCCAUCUGACGUGUUUUGCAGGAGGAAUGUUUGCACUAGGUGCAGAUGGUGCACCUGAAGAAAUUCGCAGCCAUCACAUGGAACUAGCUGCUGAGAUUGCACGGACUUGCCACGAGUCUUAUGACCGUUCAGCCACUAAAUUAGGUCCUGAAGCAUUCAGAUUUGAUGGAGGUGUUGAAGCUAUUGCAACAAGACAAAAUGAGAAAUAUUACAUCCUGCGACCUGAAGUCCUUGAGACACACAUGUACAUGUGGAGGCUAACCCAUGAUCCCAAGUACAGGCAGUGGGGUUGGGAAGCUGUACAGGCAUUGGAGAAAACUUGCAGAGUAGCCGCUGGAUAUUCUGGGAUUCGAGAUGUUUAUUCCAGCCAACCAACUCAUGAUGAUGUGCAGCAGAGUUUCUUUCUGGCAGAAACUCUAAAGUAUCUUUAUUUGAUGUUCUCUGACGAUGACCUCCUUCCACUGGAACACUGGAUCUUCAAUAGUGAAGCUCAUCCAUUGCCAAUUAUUCGCAAAGAUAGCCAAGCUGUUGAGAAUAAAACAGAGUAGCGCAAAUGUUUUGGACCUUGGGAUAGUGUACAUCUAAUUAUUCAUUAUUUUAAUUCAAAUGUGCGUGCUAUAGAAGAAGGCAAAAUAAAUUGUAAUAUGCAACAUGCAUGCUGCCAUAAAAUUAAUAUGAGGCUGCAGGAAAUGGACUGCAACAAUCUUAACCACCUCUGUGAGGAGAUGUUUGCUUUGAGCUGCGAUUUUUGCCAUGUUGCAAAAAAGCCAUAAUUAAUUGAAUAUCCAGAGAUUUAUUUACAAGAAACAUUUUCUUUUCCUUGAGUUUAUUCUUAAGCCACAUUAUAUAUAAUAUAUAUAUAUAUAUAUAUAUAUAUAUAUGAAAAGAGACUUUCUUUGUGAGGUCACUUCUGUUUCUUUUUCAUUCAAUGCUAUGAAUUGAGAACUUAGCAUUACUGCUCUAGUACAUUCUUUCUAUUUUAUAUGGCGCUGAUGAAUAUCAUUGCGCUAGGUAGAUAGAACAUUAUCUUUUUUGAUUUGUAAUAAUUUCUUUGAGAUCUGAAGAUAAGGAAAUCAAAUAUGCUGUAAGAAAUGAUAGUAAUGUAUUGAAAUUCCAAAUUGAAGGCGUGGAAUAGAUCCAAAAGACAAAUAUUGCACUUGACAUAGAUCUUCUGAAAUGAGUCAGGUAUUCAAUAUGUGAAUCAAUUUCAACUCUUCUGUAUUUUAUGAUUUAUUUUCUACACUUGAUAUUUUUGUGUAUUUCUUCUGCAAAUUAAAACAUUCCCUUUAUACAUAGGUCUCUAAUGUUGUAAAUUGUUUGUGUCUACUUCAACAAAAAUAAAACAAUAUUUUUAUGUACGUUUUCUAAAAUGAUGAAUAUAAAAUGUGCGGGGAUAGAUGCAUUAUCUAAAGAAUUGGUAUUUUAAUUAUUGUACAAUUUUCAGCCAUUGUGGCAGAAUGUUUAAAAUGUUUACUUUUUUUUUCUUCUGACAUUUGCUGUGCAGAUAAAAUCCCGCCAAUGAAAAUAUGGCUGGUUGACAGGGAUUUAAGAUCAUUAAUCAUCUUGAGUCUGACUCAAAACACAGUUGAAAUUCUUUGGCAGUUGCUGUUGGCAUUCUGUGUGUGAUUUGAGAAUGUCUGAUAUCAGUUUAUACAUACUCUGUGAUCACAAUUCUCGAAGAUGGUUUGUACAUUCCUUACUGGACACAUUCUAUAAAAAAUAAAAUUGAUGAAGAAAUAUUUUAUUGUGGUUUUAUAUUGUUACAGGAUAAACUUGUAAGCAAAUGCAGUUAAAACUCUGAAGAGAGAAAUAUUAGGGGAGUUAGAUAUUGCUAUAUAGUAUAUAUAAUUAUAAAUAUGAUACAUGCAUAAUUGUAAGUAACAACUGGGUUUAUACAAAGCUUUUAAUGUAGAAAAGAAUUCUUGGGUGCUGCCUAGUGAUUUACGAUAGAAAAAAUGGAUUCCAGAUCAAAGGUUAUAUUAAAGAAAAAUGUACAAAAACUUGGUGAAAGAAGUGGAUUUUAAGGAGUGUAGUCAAGAAAGAAAAAUAUUGGGGUUGAUUUAGCUCAGUUGGCUGGAUGGCUGCUUUUCAAUGCAGAGUAAUACGAACAACACAUGUUCAUGAAGGUCCCAACUUCUCAACCUCUUAGAAGAUGGUGACUUUCUAGCUUAUUGUAUUUUCAGAGGCUGGGUUUGUCAGCCUAUUCAAGGCUGAGGUCAACAUAUUUUUAAUCAGUCAGAGAAUCGAGGGUUGUGGGUAAUAGACAGGAUUUUGGAGUUGAGAAUUAUCAGAUCAUCUAUAAUUUUAUGAAAUGACAGAGCAGACUGGAUGUAUUGAAUGACCUACCUUUACCUUAUGGUCUUAUGUAGUGAAUAACAUUGUUGGACUUCAUUAAUACUGGUAUAGAGGAAAAAGCCGGGAGGUUACUCUGAAUUUGUAAAGAACACUAGUUUAACCUCAACUGGGAUAUGAUUGUAGUUCUUUGUGACAUUUUAAGGAGGUGUACACAUUGGAGCAAGUGCAGAAAAGGUUCAUCAGAACUUUUCCCAGGGAUGGUAAUGUAGAUAGAAUGAAAUAGUUGAGACUGUUUUCUUGGAGAGGAGGAUAGGCAAUCUAAUGAAAGUUUUCAAAAUCAUAAGGGGCAAGUUUGAGAUCCCAAACUUACUGCUCAUGUUUGUAAAACUAUUGAGAACUAGAGGACACAAAUUGAAAGUGUUUUGCAAAUGAGGCAAAUGCCAGCUGGAGAAGAAUUCUUUCACACAGCAAGAAGUUGUAGAAUGUACUCUGGAAAUGUGAGGGAGGCAGGUUCAAGAGGGCGGGUCGGUGUGGACUUGUUGGGCCGAAGGGCCUGUUUCCACACUGUAAGUAAUCUAAUCUAAAAAAGAUGGGUAUUUAAACAGAAACAAUGUGCAGGGUUAUGGGGGAAAGGCAGGAGGUUGGUAUUAAUCCACAAUGGUUAGAACAAGUGAGCUGAAUGGCCUCUUCUGUAUUUCUGUAAUUGUCUAAUUCAUUGUUAGAAUAUAAGUUGUGUUUAUGUUUUUUUCUAACUUUAUAUAAUAAAAAUUUUAUUGGUUUGUUCAAAA